AUGGUCGCAGCGCAUCCCUCCUCGCGAUUGUCUGAUUCUGCAGACUGGAUUAUUUGUCUGGAUAAAAGGCCAGCAGAGCGCUCCAGUGAGGAUGUUGACAUAAUCCUGGCUCGUCUCAAAAGUGUGAAGGCCUUUGAGAGAUUCCACCAGACUUUGUUACACCAGAUAUGUCUGUGUGGGUUUUAUGAAUGCUUGGAGAAGGGAAUCACCUUAUAUCGGCAGGGAGACAUCGGCACCAGUUGGUACGCAGUUCUCUCUGGGUCUGUAGACGUCAAAGUUUCAGAGACGUCGAGAUAUCAGGAUGCAGUUACCAUCUGCUCCCUGGGGACUGGCACAGCGUUCGGAGAGUCCAUCCUGGAUAAUACCCCGCGACAUGCCACUAUUGUUACCAGAGAAUUCAGCGAGCUCCUACGCAUCGAGCAGAGGGAGUUCAGGUCCCUGUGGGAGAAGUAUCAACAGUGCAUGGCUGGGCUGCUCGCUCCUCCUUACGGUGUGAUGGAAAGUGGCUGCAGUGCUGACAGGAUGCCAGACAAAGAGAACAUUAGCAACAAUGCAUACGUCCCCAAUCACAAGAACAAGAAGUCAUUCAUUGAAAGCCCAACCAAACCUCUUCCUAAAUGCAUUCCUCAGGUUCCCUCAGAGAAAAUCCUGAGAGCCGGGAAAAUAAUCCGGAACGCCAUUUUAUCCAGAGCACCACAUAUGAUCCGAGACCGGAAGUUCCAUCUCAACACAUACAGGCAGUGUUGCGUGGGAACUGAGUUGGUGGACUGGCAAAUGCAGCAGAGCUCGUGCAUCCACUCACGCGCUCAGGCCGUGGGCAUGUGGCAGGUGCUGUUGGAGGAGGGCGUCCUGAACCAUGUGGAGCAGGAGCUGAACUUCCAGGACAAGUAUCUCUUCUACAGAUUCCUAGAGGAUGAACAAGAGGACUCUCCUUUACCGAGCGAGGAGGAGAUGCAGGAGAGCCAAGAGGAGCUCCAGGACACACUGCUGCUGCUGUCCCAGAUCGGCCCAGACGCACACAUGAGGAUGAUUCUCAGGAAACCCCCAUCUGAACGAACAGCGGAAGAUUUGGAGACAAUUUAUGAAGAGCUGCUUCAUAUCAAAGCCUUAUCCCAUCUGUCCACCACAGUGAAGAGGGAACUCGCAGGGGUGCUGAUUUUCGAGUCUCAUGCCAAUGCGGGAACAGUUUUAUUCACUCAAGGGGAGGAAGGCACAUCCUGGUACAUUAUUCUCAAAGGCUCAGUCAAUGUGGUGAUCUAUGGAAAAGGAGUUGUGUGCACGCUUCAUGAAGGAGACGACUUUGGGAAACUGGCUGUGGUCAACGACGCUCCCCGUGCAGCGUCCAUCGUCCUGCGGGAGGACAACUGCCACUUUCUCAGAGUGGACAAAGAAGAUUUCAACAGGAUUCUGAGAGACGUGGAGGCCAACACGGUGCGUCUGAAGGAGCACGGUCAGGACGUCCUGGUGCUGGAGAAGAGUCUCAGUCGGAGCAGUACCUCCUCCCACUACAAAUACAAUGUGAUGUCGGGAACGCCGGAGAAGAUUUUGGAGCACCUCCUCGAAAUGAUGCGCCUGGACUCUCAGUUCUCGGAGUCAGAUAUGGCCUUAGACGACUUUGUCCUCAUGCAUUGUGUGUUCAUGCCAAAUACUCAACUAUGUUCAGCUCUAUUGGCGCAUUACCACGCUCAGGCCUCUCAAGGCUCGGAGCAGGAGAAGCUGGACUACACUCUGAACAACAAGCGCAGAGUGGUGCGGCUGGUCCUGCAGUGGGCCUCGCUACAUGGAGACCAUCUGCAGCAGGACCAUGUGUCCGUCAUGUUCAUGGAGGAGUUUCUUCUGGCAGUCUCAGAGGACGCAAAAGUGAUCCCAGCUCUCAGGGAUCAGCUGACAGAGUUGGAACGAUUGGUCAAACAAAACGAUGACGUUAGACUAACACCGAAAAAGCACAAAGUUUUAUUGAGGCAAUUCAGCACUGGAGAAGAUAAGCCUCACAAGAGGGAGCCAAUCAGGAGCACCGAUGAAAUCCUGUUCAAAGUGUAUUGUUGUGACCACACCUACACCACGAUCCGGGUUUGUGUGGGGGCCUCUGUCAGGGAGGUGCUGGGGGCCGUGUCUGACAAACUGGGGUCAGCAGAGGAGCUGCUGCUGAUCGGCCUCAGCUCAGCGGGAGAAAAAGUCAUCUUCAAGCCCAAUGAUGUGUCAAUAUUCUCGUCACUCGGCAUAAACGGAAGACUGUUCGCCUGCAGCAGGGGUCAGCUGGACUCUUUGACGCCUCUACCAGAGCAGGAGGGACCAAACAGCGGGUCUUUGGGAAGAUUUGAGAUGAUGAGCUCCAAGGAUGUGGCUUACCACAUGACGUCCCACGACUGGCAGCUGUUCCACUGCGUACAUGAGCUCGAGCUCAUCUAUCACACGUUCGGGAGACAGAAUGUGAAGAAGUCCACCGUGAACUUGGAUUUGUUUUUGAGGCGUUUUAAUGAAAUUCAGUUCUGGGUGAUCAGCGAGGUCUGUCUCUGCAGCCAUCUCAGUAAACGAGUGCAGCUCCUCAAGAAGUUUAUCAAGAUCUCUGCACAUUGUAAAGAGUACCGUAAUCUCAAUGCAUUUUUCGCCAUCAUCAUGGGACUGAGUAAUCCAGCUGUAAGCAGACUGAGCCAAACCUGGGAGAAGCUUCCUGGCAAGUUUAAGAAGUUUUAUUCAGAAUUUGAGAACUUUUUGGAUCCUUCCAGAAACCACCGAGCGUACAGACUCACCAUGGCCAAGCUGGAGCCUCCCAUCAUCCCCUUCAUGCCUCUGCUGAUCAAAGACAUGACGUUCACUCACGAGGGCAACAAAACGUUUAUCGACAGUUUGGUCAAUUUUGAGAAAAUGAGAAUGAUUGCCAAUACAGUCAAGAUAGUGAGAUACUGCCGGAGUCAACCAUUCAGCCCAGAUUCUCCUGUUGCCGGGAAGAACCACCCUGAAGUGUGGCACUAUAUUUGUCAUCUCAAUGUGAUAGACAACCAGAGGACUCUGACACAGUUGUCUCACAGACUGGAGCCGCGCAGUGCAUCCCUGCCCUGCCCAGCCUCACGCACAGGACCGUCCACAGACCGGACCGGACUGGACUUCCCAAAGUCUGGCCCAGCCUGCAGGCCCUGUCCUGGGCACCUCUCUCCGGACACACACACCGCUUCAUGUCGCCGACUGUUCCCUGAGCCUCAGCAUGCCAUGGCCAGCCCGAGUGCCUCGUUUGUCCAGAUUAAGUUCCAGGACAUCCUCUUCUACGAGAACUGUGGCGGGGGCAGCUUCGGGAGCGUGUACCGCGCCAGGUGGAUCUCCCAGGACAAAGAGGUGGCCGUGAAAAAACUGCUCAAGAUCGAGAACGAGGCUGAAAUCCUGAGCGUCCUAAGUCACAGAAAUAUAAUCCAGUUUUAUGGAGCUGUCCUGGAGUCCCCAAACUAUGGCAUUGUCACGGAGUAUGCUCCUGGUGGGUCACUGUAUGAUUACUUGUCCAGCGAGGACAGUGAGGAGAUGGACAUGGGUCAGAUCAUGACGUGGGCUGCAGAAAUGGCUAAAGGAAUGCACUACUUGCAUUCGGAAGCUCCUGUGAAGGUUAUCCACAGAGAUCUAAAAUCAAGAAACGUUGUGCUGGCCGCAGACAGAUCAUUGAAAAUCUGUGAUUUCGGUGCAUCUAAGUUCCUGACCCACACCACACACAUGUCUCUGGUGGGUACGUUUCCAUGGAUGGCCCCAGAGGUGAUCCAGAGUCUACGAGUGUCCGAGACGUGCGACACGUUCUCCUACGGCGUGGUGCUCUGGGAAAUGCUCACGCGGGAAAUACCCUUCAAAGGUUUGGAAGGUUUGCAAGUGGCCUGGCUAGUCGUGGAGAAAAAUGAGAGAUUAACCAUCCCCAGCGGUUGCCCAAGUAGCUUCGCUGAGUUGAUGAGAAGCUGUUGGAGAACUGAUCCAAGGGAGCGGCCUAUGUUCAAGAACAUUCUCAGUACACUGGAGUCCAUGUCCCGCGACAGCCAACUUCCCCAACAGUGCAACUCUUUUCUGCACAACAAGGCUGAAUGGCGGUGUGAGAUAGAAGCUACUCUUGAGAGACUGAAGAGGCUGGAGAGAGACCUGAGCACCAAAGAGCAGGAGCUGAAGGAGAGAGAGCAGAGGCUGAAGAUGUGGGAGAAAAAACUUCUGGAGCAGUCCAACAGUCCGUUGUUGCCAACCCUCGAUAUCUACACCUGGACAGAGGAGCAUGUGUAUUUCUGGAUGCAGCAAUUAUUUGGUGAAGGUGAGAGCGCCUGCAGCGGCAUGCAGGGCUAUGCUGACCUAUUCAAAGAGAACCACAUCACUGGGCAGAGGCUGCUGCUGCUGACAGAGAGCGACAUGAGGGACAUGGGGGUCAAGUCUAAAGGCCAUGUGAUCCACCUCAAGGGUGAAAUUGAAAAGCUGGCUAAUGAUUACCUCGGCCUCGUCCACUUCCCGCCACUGUUCAAGGAGGAGCUGGAGAAACAAGUGGAGCUGAGUAAAUCAAUCAAACUGGAGCUAGUGUUUGGAUACCACUGGAAACCUGGAACCGGCAGCUCUGACUGCAAAUGGAAAAUAUACAUGGAGCUUGACGGCGACGAUGUUGCAGUGACUUACAUUAAAGAUGUGGUGUUCAAUGCUAAUCGACCGGACGUGGAAAUCCUGCGAAUGACCAAGCCACCUUUUGUUAUGGAUAAAUGGAUAGUUGGAAUAAAGCCAAACCAAAGCGUGGACUAUAUAGUAACUUUUGAGAACGAUGUCAAGUCCCCAAAAUUGACCAAGCACAGCUGUGCAGUGAGCUGGAGUCUGAGUGGUGGGCAGGACGUGAUCAAGGCAGUGGAGCUGCUCAUUGAAACAGCACCAGUGAAUUCAGCCUUAAAAGUCAGGAGUGGAACUCACACCGACAUUGACCCAAUGUGGAUGUACCAUGUGCGGAGCAGGCAGAUGAUGGAGAAAAAGUCACAACCUCCAAAAUCGGCUCUUAAAUCUUUAACCAGUUCUGAAGCACGCACCCUGCCUCAGUUCCUGUCUGCCCAUGAGAACCAGGGCUUCUCUUACGCUGCAGCUGUGCGCCGCUCUCCCAACCGUGCCACUGCAUCUCCCUGGACAGACCCCCGCAGCACUUCUCCCACUACAAACCUCAUGUCUAAACUGUCCCAACUUCAUCUGGGGUCUAAGGGCAGUAGUCCAUCCAGCACCACGUCAGAGAGUGCUUCAGAGAGGGACAGAGAGAGGCCACUUAGUGCUGGGAUGUUCAACAAACAGCGCGGCUACUUCGCAAACACUUUAACUGUGGGAGGAGAGCAGGCCAGGGGGCAGCCAUGGGCUCAUAGUCGUGGAAACUAUAGUCAUAAUAAAACCAACAAAAGCUCUCGCCACCAAGGAAGGCCACGCUCCAACAGUUACAGUGUCACUUCAGCAAUACGCCCACCCACCAUUCCAGGUAUAUUGUCUGUGACUGGAAAUCCCAGUCAGGAAAAAGAGGCGACUAAAGCUAGCGAGGGCGGCUGGAUCAAAGUGGAGCGCCAGAAGCGAUUACAACGUCCGGACAAUAAACAAGUCAGAGGUCGAGGGAGGAGAGGGGGCCGUGGAGGGCGGGGAGCAGCAACAAGGACUUAA